CCAGUAACCGGUAGCAAUAAAGUAAUCGUAGACUUUUUUCAAUAAAUUUUUAUUCUCUACUCCUUUUCUUCUCUCUGUUUCGUAGUACUAGAUUUAAUCCAAUCUUUCAGUCUGGAAGAGACCCUCCUCUGUGAUUUUUAGUGCGUGAAAGACUGAUUUGUAGAUAUCUAAAGAAGAUAAAAAGCUUCUCUCUUGUUAAAUCCCUUCUAGCAGUUGCAACUUGACAGCUGGAGACUAAAUGUCAUUCCGCAGUAUAGCUCGAGAUAUAAGAGAUAGUAUAGGGAGCUUAUCCCAGAGGAGUUUUAACGUAAGGCUGCCUGGUCAUCAUAGGGGAAAAUCACAUGGUUCAUUUCACGACUUUAAUGAACCUUUGGUUCUUCAGAAUAGUCGAUGGGCUAAUCUUCCACCGGAACUUCUUUUUGAUGUAAUAAGAAGGUUGGAGGAGAGUGAGAGUGAAUGGCCCACUCGGAAGCAUGUAGUUGCAUGUGCUGCCGUUUGUAGGUCAUGGAGGAGCAUGUGCAAGGAAAUUGUUAAAUGUCCAGAAUUUUGUGGGAAACUAACGUUUCCAGUUUCCUUGAAGCAGCCAGGGCCUCGUGAUGGAACUAUUCAGUGCUUCAUAAAGAGGGAUAAAUCUAAUUUAACAUACCGCCUUUUCUUGUGUCUUAGUCCUGCUUUGCUAGUCGAAAAUGGGAAGUUCCUUCUCUCUGCAAAAAGAACUCGUAGGACUACUUGUACAGAGUACGUGAUCUCAAUUGAUGCAGACAACAUUUCUAGAUCGAGCAGCACCUAUAUUGGAAAACUAAGAUCAAAUUUCCUCGGUACGAAAUUUAUAAUAUAUGACACACAGCCUCCACAUGCUAGUUCACAAGUCUCUCCACCCGGUCGAACAAGCCGCCGAUUCAAUUCCAAGAAAGUAUCUCCAAAGUUACCAAGUGGAAACUACAACAUAGCUCAAAUCAAAUAUGAGCUGAAUGUGCUUGGGACACGGGGCCCACGCAGGAUGCACUGCAUCAUGCACUCGAUUCCCUUCUCGGCCCUCGAGCCCGGCGGUGUAGUGCCCGGACAGCCAGAGCUUCUUCCAAGGCCCCUCGAGGACUCAUUUCGGAGCAUUUCUUUUUCAAAAUCUCUUGAUCACUCAACCGAGUUCAGCAGCUCUCGAUUUUCUGAUAUUGUAGGGUUAUCCAACGAGGAUGACGAUGGUAAAAUGAAACCCUUGGUUCUGAAGAACAAGGCGCCCAGAUGGCAUGAACAACUACAAUGCUGGUGCCUCAAUUUUCGAGGACGGGUGACUGUAGCUUCCGUCAAGAAUUUCCAGUUGGUUGCUGCUACACAACUAGUCGCUAACGCACCAACGACAUCUCAGCCAGUGCAGCCGGACCAUGAUAAAAUCAUUCUCCAAUUUGGCAAGGUCAGUGAAGAUAUGUUCACCAUGGAUUAUCGAUAUCCCCUGUCUGCUUUUCAGGCUUUCGCUAUCUGCUUAAGCAGUUUUGACACAAAAUUGGCUUGUGAAUAGACUCAAAAUGUCAAGUCAUACUCUGAACAAAAAUUGCAUGUAUUUCUAUUGUUUGCAUCGUAUGCUUCUUUCCAAAGUCAGAAACGAAUAACCUUUUAAUGAUGUUGUAGAACUCGACUAUGAUUUGGGACACUGCUUUUUUGCAUUGUACAGAUUCUUCUUAACCAGAUUCGGGUUAUUGACAGUGUCUGUUAGUUAGUAUU